CUGAAAAUACAACAAGCAUGAGCAGAUGUGGCACUCGACCCUCUCCUCUCUCCUCCUGGCCUUACAGAAUGGGGAGUGUAUUGGCCGCCGGCUCCCCCAGCCCACCGCCACCAGCCUUUGCCGGUGUGGCUGGUGCGGGCCUGACAGUGCCACCAGGUUUUGGGAUGCCUCCGGUGUCUCCCGUGUCACCCUCGACUGAGGUGACUUCAGUGCAGUCGCAGGAACUGACUGAUUCUCUACCUAAUCCGGGUACAUUUGAUGAGUGUCAUCGCAAGUGCAAAGAGGUUUUCCCGAUGCAGAUGGAAGGCGUCAGGCUAGUCGUCAAUAAGGGCCUUAGCAACCACUUCCAGGUGAACCACACGGUGUCGCUGAGCACUUUGGGGGAUUCCAGCUACAGGUUCGGUGCCACUUAUGUUGGACUAAAGCAGAAAGGUCCAGCAGAGUUUUUUCCAGUUAUGAUUGGAGACAUGGACAACGUUGGCAGCCUUAACGCUCAAGUCAUCCACCAGAUCAGCAACAGCGUACGAUCCAAAAUGGCCUUUCAGACACAGCAACACAAGUUUGUCAGCUGGCAAGGCGAUGCAGAGUUCAGGGGCAAAGAUUUUACUGCAACAAUUACACUUGGAAACCCCAAUGUCCUUGUUGGCUCUGGUAUUGUCGUAACGCACUACCUCCAGUCCCUCACGCCUUCUCUGGCUCUGGGAGGGGAGCUGGUGUACCAUCGCAGGCCGUCAGAGGAGGGCGCUGUAAUGUCUUUAGUCGGCAGGUACACAGGCGCCAACUACAUCGCCACGCUGACUCUCGGAUCGGCGGGUGCUCACGCCUCCUACUACCACAAAGCUAAUGAGCAGUUGCAGCUCGGUGUGGAGUUUGAGGCGAGUACUCGCAUGCAAGAUACCAGCGUGUCGUUUGGCUACCAGCUAGACGUUCCCAAAGCUAAUUUACAGUUUAAAGGUUCAGUAGAUAGUAACUGGGUGGUCGGUGCAACUCUUGAAAAGAAGUUGCUGCCCCUGCCUCUCUCCUUGGUUCUCUGCUCCUUCCUCAACCAUAACAAGAACAAGUUCCAGUGCGGUUUUGGGAUUACGAUCGGUUAAACCGACCAGAUAUACGUUUGUUGACCUCACAGGAUGGAGCCGCUCACUUCGAACACUCUAAGCAACUAUUCAUCACCUUAACAUUGAUAACCUCAAGUUUCAACAGACCAUCCAGCCAUUUCCAUGUUUCUUGUUUCCUGAGUCCAGUCACAGUUCGUUGUGUAAAUCUGAUGUACCGACACCUGACAUUUACACAUUCCUGAAAUACUUAGUUAUCUCUGAGCUCAUCGACUGUUUCUUUAUUUAAUUUUUUUACUAUGAAGGCUAUUUUGAAGUUAAUGAUAAUGUUGUUCUGUUAACAAGAAUGGUACUUUUUCUUCAUCACUCGCCUUUUUUUAUGUUGUAUACAUGUGGAGCAGUAUAUAUUAACUGUAUUAUUAUUC